UCAGCAGUAACUCUUCAUCAGACUCUUGAGGAGACAGAAUAAAGCCCCCGUCAGGAGCACACACACAGCUCAAGGGUUUCUCAGCCAGCGUCUGGAUGGAGGGAGACGGCGGCGUGGAGCUCACACAGAGUCCCGAGGCUCUGACCGAGGACGACGUGUGUGUGAUCCAGGACACGUGGAGACCCGUCUACGAGAACCGAGAGAACGCCGGAGUGGCUGUGCUCAUCAGGUUUUUCUCGAACUUCCCGACGGCGAAGCAGUACUUCGAUCAGUUUCGUGACAUGCAGGACCCCGAGGAGAUGAAGCAGAGCAUCCAGCUGAAGAAACACGGGCUGCGGGUCAUGAACGCCCUCCACUCGCUGGUGGAAAACCUGCGCGACGGAGACAAACUCAACACCAUCUUCCAGCAGAUGGGCAAAUCGCACGCUCUCAGACACAAAGUGGAUCCGGUUUACUUCAAGAUUCUGGCUGGAGUGAUUCUGGAGGUGCUGGUGGAAGCUUUCCCACAAUGCUUCGGUCCAGCAUCGGUGCAGAGCGCGUGGUCUAAACUCCUGGGCGUCCUGCACUGGCAGAUGAACAAAGUCUACGCCGAAGUCGGCUGGGAAUCCAUCAAAACCUCCGCAAAGUGAAGGAGGGAACAUAUGCAGAAUUAUACGAACUAAACCAAAGAUUAUUACAGUUGUGUCGUGUAUAUUUGAAAGAAAUAGACGCAGUAGAGAAUGAAGAGAAAACGAGACGAUGUUUUAUAAAUGUCGAUGGCUAUUUUAUCUGGACUUUAUCGAUGUCAGAUCCCUAGCAACUGUUAUUGAGCUCAGAUAAUAAACACGCAUAUAAAUCAGAGCAGAAAUCUCGAGCUCUCUGCGCUCCGUCUCCCAUUAAAUAUUUACACAUACUCCAGAUAAACCACGGGCCGGUACACAAACACGACCUCCGUCGGAUACAAAAAUGUGCAUUUCUGGUGAAGCUCGGGUCUCUGCCGGAGCGUUAGAUAAAUACCCGGCUCAUCUGAAGCGGAUGUUUCUGAUAGAGACGAGUGCUUUUGUAUCGGCCGCUUCCUCUGCGUGCUGUGAGCAAAGCGAGUAGAAAGGACUCUUCUGUGCUACUAGAGCAGCUAAACUCAUUUCUUUUUGUACUUAUUCGAAUGUUUUGUACAUGUAAAAUAACCACUGAUUCAGAAAUAAACUCUGAAACAUUAAAGAAAUAAA